UUUCUUAAAAGUUGAAUAAUUAGAAAAUUUUAAUAAUAUAUAUUAAAACGAAAUAAUAAAACAAGCAACACUAUAUUAGAAUUUAAGCGUACAUUACAAUUAGAAAAACUAAUUAAAUAAAUGAAAUCUCGAGGUUAAACCCGAAAUCUUAAUCUAAAAAAUAAAAAAUAUAUAUCAUAUCUCUCCUUAUUAUAAAAGAAUUAUUAAAUAAUGUAAAAAUUAUGAUCCAACUUUCAAACAUCACAUCAAAAAAUAUAAAAAUACACCUUCCAAAUCUUUUGGAGGAAUAAUUUCCUAAAAUUUCCCCAAAAAAACAACUAAAAGUUUCCUAAAGAUUAGGAGAGUGCACGACCUGCACGGCACUCCUCUCUGCUCCGUGAAAAAAAAUAAAACCACCUCUCACAAUCUUCUCUGCUUCUCACAAUUCAGUUCUGACGCAAUCCAUCCCACCAAUUUCCUCCCCAAAACCUCUGGUAAUCUUUCCGGUCUCACCGCGCGUCUCUUAAGAUCAGUCAUUGAGCAAGGGGAAUCCAUCAUCGCCCAAUCCAUCAUCACCCCAAUUCGCAAGGAAAUCAUCGUCUGGUUCAUCAUUGCCCAAACACAGCAUUGAAAGGUUUGUUGGUAUGGCUUCUGAAAAUGACAAUGGCUCUCCUGCUAACAAUGAGAAUCCAAAAAAGUCAAGUCAAAAGACCACCAGAGGGCCUUCAACAGCCAAGUAUAUCAUUGAAAAAGAUGAUGGACCAUUUCCUCUACAAUGGAAUGAGCAUAAUUGUGCGAUCGGAGAGUUAAAGAAUAGAUACACAGCCUACACCAGGUAUAUGGCACGUGCUAAGGUAAAGAUCACCAUUGCAGAUUUGAGUCAGGUUGCAGAAGAUACUAAGGAAAAAUUGUGGACUGCUGUUAAGAAAAUGUUCAUGUGUGAUGAUGAUAAGAAAGAAGCAGUACUUAAGGAUUGCAACAAAAGGUGGAAAGAAGUCAAAACAAGAUUGACACGAGAAUACUUCACAAGUGAAGAGAAAGAGAAAGAUGCAGUGGAGGACCCGUUGUCAAAAAAAAGAAAAAAAAAUGUAGUGGAUGACCCACUAUGGGAUCUGUAUGUGGGCAUUGACGAGGAUGAUUGGAAAGAGUUUAAAAGACAACGUGAAAGUGAUGAAUUUAAGGUGACUUUUAGUUUUAUAUUUGUGAGAUGUACUUUACUUUGUUUGAUAUGACGGAAUGAAAAUCCUUGAUUUGUGGAAAGCAUUGAAUGAGUCAUUAGGAUUGAAAUGCUUAGCUUUGAUAUGACGGUGCUGCAUUAAAGGAGUUGUCGUUAGGCUUCAGUUGCUAACUUAGGGGGAAAAUAUCAGCUAAGUAAUAUACAUACUUGUUGCUUAUUUUUGCUA